AUGCACCAAAAGCAGACACGAUCAACUGAAAGAAAUGAAAUCGAGUUUGCUCAGGAUAAGACAUUUCUAGGAGGAACAGCGUCAGCGAAGCCGCAGAAAUCAAUACCAGAAGAGCCCAUAGUCGUAGUCGACAACUCAUACGAAACAGAGAACGCUUCAGUAGUCGCAAAAGUCAUUACCCGAGAAGCCACAGUCGUCUUCGGCAAUGCAUUGCGCUCACAAAACGCAGUCGUUCGCGUCUUACUUCUUCGCCCUGGAGAGUGUAACGACUCCAGCGUCGUUAUUCACUCUCCACUCUUAGAUCUACAAACUUCGUGUAUUCUCGUUUAG